AUGGUAUUGGAUCAGCAGGUCCAGCCACUCACACGCGUAUGGUGCCUCUUCGAGUUUCUUCUUGCAAGUGAACGCCAGCACGAUUUGGUCUUUGCAACAGAUCUUGGAGUGCUGGGUGACCAGGGAGCUUCCCCAGACAUUGCUCUACAAGUUGGGCGGGCAUUGCGGACCCUGCAAGUAGUCAACUGUCACGCGUCUGUCGAGGAGGACAGGCAGAAAAUCUUCCAGUUCAUACGAUCCAAGAUGGGAAGCCUCGCAAAUAUGGACAUUCAAAUUAAACAGCGGAUGAGCCGAAUUCUGCAGCGCCUGGGAACUAGUGACAUACAUGCCCGUAAACUCUCACGUUGCAUUGCGUGA